AUGAACAACAACAACAACAGAGGAAGGUAUCCUCCUGGGAUUGGUGCUGGUCGUGGUGCCGUUAACCCUAACCCUAAUUUCCAGUCUCGGCCUGGUUAUCAACAGCAGCCGCCGCCACAAUACGUUCAGCGAGGCGGUUACGCUCAGCAACAACAGUUUCAGCAAGCGACGUCUCAGCAGCCGCAUCGAUACCAACAGCAACCACAACAACAACAAUGGCUAAGAAGACCACCACAGAUCUCUGGCGGUAGUAGUAACGGUGAUGCUGUUGCAGAAGUUGAGAAAACUGUUCUGUCCGAAGCUAUCGACACAAAUUCGGAAGAUUGGAAAGCUAGGCUAAAACUACCUGCACCUGACACUCGCUACAGAACUGAGGAUGUGACUGCCACUAAGGGAAACGAGUUUGAAGACUAUUUUCUGAAACGAGAGCUUCUUAUGGGAAUCUAUGAGAAGGGUUUUGAGAGACCUUCUCCAAUUCAAGAAGAGAGUAUCCCAAUCGCCUUAACUGGUAGAGAUAUCCUUGCCCGAGCUAAGAACGGCACUGGCAAGACAGCUGCCUUUUGUAUUCCUGUCUUGGAAAAAAUUGACCAAGAUAACAACGUUAUUCAAGCUGUGAUAAUUGUUCCAACUCGAGAGUUAGCCCUUCAGACAUCACAGGUGUGUAAGGAGCUGGGGAAGCAUUUGAAGAUUCAAGUCAUGGUGACCACUGGAGGCACCAGUCUCAAAGAUGAUAUCAUGCGUUUGUAUCAGCCCGUCCAUUUACUGGUAGGAACUCCUGGGAGGAUUCUGGAUCUCACCAAGAAAGGUGUUUGUGUUUUGAAAGAUUGUUCUGUGUUCGCUAUGGAUGAGGCUGAUAAGCUUUUAUCUCAAGAGUUCCAACCUUCAGUGGAACAUUUGAUCAGCUUUCUUCCUGAAAAUCGUCAGAUUUUGAUGUUCUCAGCCACAUUUCCUGUCACCGUCAAGUAUUUUAAGGAUCGAUUUUUGACGAAUCCUUACAUCAUUAAUCUCAUGGAUGAACUCACGCUCAAGGGUAUUACCCAAUUCUAUGCUUUUGUUGAAGAACGACAGAAAAUUCAUUGCUUGAAUACACUUUUCUCCAAGCUACAAAUUAACCAAUCGAUCAUAUUCUGCAAUUCUGUGAACCGUGUGGAGCUCUUAGCUAAGAAAAUUACAGAACUUGGAUAUUCUUGCUUUUACAUUCAUGCAAAGAUGCUUCAAGACCACCGAAACAGAGUGUUCCAUGACUUCCGCAAUGGUGCAUGCCGGAAUCUUGUGUGUACUGACCUGUUCACUCGUGGUAUUGACAUUCAAGCAGUCAAUGUGGUGAUAAACUUUGAUUUCCCAAAGACUGCAGAAACUUAUCUCCAUAGGGUUGGUCGAUCAGGAAGGUUUGGCCAUCUUGGUUUAGCUGUGAAUCUUAUCACCUAUGAAGACCGCUUUAACCUUUACCGGAUUGAGCAAGAGCUUGGAACGGAGAUCAAGCAAAUUCCUCCACAUAUCGAUCAGGCAAUUUAUUGCCAAUAACUAAGGGCUGGCCGCCUUAGUCUGCUAUCAGGUGUCUCAGUAAUAAGUGGUUGGUUGAAGCAAUGGGAAGAGAGUAGUUUGUGUUUAUCUAGCCAUGGCAGGGCAACCACAACCCAAAAAAAGUCUUCUCAUUCUGCCUUUUACCACCAAAAUGUUUAUGUGUGCGUCAUUUGAGUUUCCCUUUUUUUAUAAGAUUCAACUACAUAUAGACAAAGGCCUAGAAGGUUUGAAAUUCUGGGUAGUAGUGGAAGUGAAGUUUUUAUUAAAAAUAAUUAGGUUUGACAAGUUGUUUGAUGCUAUGUCUCUUUCUUCGUCGUAGACUGAUCAGUGGUUUCACUGUUGUGAUGCGUCUUUCAUGAAGCUGUACUUUCGUGGGUCUUUAAUAAUAAGUCUUUGCAUUGUUUUGUGCACAUUUUGGUAUGUGGACAAUUAUUUCAGCACUCUUUUGUACCAUGAAACACACGCAUAAUUAUACAAGUAAUGACAUAGGAGAGGGGGAGAUGGGUGAUAAUCUGUUAACUGCAGAUGUCAGAAGCAGCUGAAAGAUGACU